AUACAGACGAGUUUACUGGCAUCAUUGUCAUGCCGGUUUAAUAAAUUCACACAACUUAUUAUACAUUUUAAAAUUUUUUAUUUGUACAAUUAAUUUUUCUCUAAAUUUAAUAUGUUUUUUUAUAAUCGUAAUUCUAUUCGAAUUUUGCUUUGUUUUCUUGAAUUUAUAUUAUAAAAUGUUCAUCGUUAGUGAAUUUGAAGAGGUUGUCAAAGUACAACCAUCACAUCUUGAUGAUGAUCAAGUGUCACGAAUUAUCAUUCAUCUCAACUCUAUGCUCGCAAACAAAGUUGUUAUGAAUGUUGGUUUGUGUUUGUCUUUGUUUGACAUUUUAGAAAUUGGUGAUCCCAUAAUUUACCCAGGGGAAGGUGCUUAUUUUUCCAAAGUACGAUUUAGAUUUAUAGUUUUUCGACCAUUUGUUGAAGAAAUACUCAUUGGAAAGGUCAAGAGUUCUGGACCUGAGGGAGCCACAUUAUCUACAGGUUUUUUUGAUGAUAUUUUUGUUCCUGCUGCCAACAUGCAAAAUCCUAGUCGUUUUGAUGUUAAAGAUAAAGUAUGGGUUUGGGAAUAUGAUAAUUGUGGUGAAACAGUUGAUCUUCAUAUGGAUAUUGGUGAAACUGUCAGAUUUCGUGUAGUAUCAGAACAAUUUGUAGAUACCCAUCCUGGUGUAGAUAGUGGACUUCUAGAUGCGGGUGAAGUUGUAACUUCUAAAUCUAAAUCACCUUAUUCUAUAGUUGGAACUGUCAGAGAACCUGGGCUUGGUGUUAUAGGUUGGUGGACUGACCUUUAAAGUAUGGCUUCUCUUCAAUUUUUCUAUCAAAACCAUAUUUAAAACCAUCACUUCCAUUACCAAUUUUAAGUGUACCUAACAUUAGCUUAUUAAGAGUUUCUUUUGGAAGUGUUGAACUUUUUUUUAAGUGUUUACUAUUUUUAUCUCAUAGCUAGAAUUGAAUGUAAAAUGAAUUUUGAUAAGUUUAAUUGGUAUAACUAAAUUUUUUAUUUAUUUUUAACUAAAGAAACUUUUUUACAUAAUUGUCUGGUUAAAUUUUCGAUAAACUUUAAAUAAAUAAAUCUUUUUUACCAUACA